GUUGGGGGGGGCGAGCGCCGGCGAAAAUGGCGGCGGCGGGCCUCGCCGAGAUUCCCGAUGUGGACAUCGACCCAGACGGCGUCUUCAAAUACGUGUUGAUUCGAGUCCACACGGUGCCGCCCUCCGACGCCCAAGCGGCGGAGAGCAAGGAGAUCGUGCGCGGCUACAAGUGGGCCGAGUACCACGCCGACAUCUACGACAAGGUGUCGGGGGAGAUACAGAGACGGGGCUUGGACUGCGAGUGCCUGGGUGGCGGACGCAUCUCCCACCAGAGCCAGGACAAGAAGAUCCACGUGUACGGCUACUCCAUGGGCUACGGGCGCGCUCAGCACUCCAUCUCCACAGAGAAAAUCAAGUCCAAGUACCCCGACUACGAGGUCACCUGGGCAGACGACGGCUACUGAAGGCCGGGCCCCACCACCGCCCCCACACCCAGACCAGACCAACCUCGCCUCGAUGUCCAGUCUGGCCCCAGGGUCACCGUGCGCAAAUUAAAGUGUUGUCUUUC